AUGAGGAGAAAAAAAUUACGAUAUAUUCAAUAUCGUGCUGAAGUUGAAUUGAAAUAUUCAAUUAUAAAAUGGUAUUCAAACAGUCUUCAAAUAAUAAAUAAAAAAGCCAAUGCUAUUCUAUCUGAUGCAUUUGAUGGCAUAUCAUCUCCAUCGAUUGAAACACUUCAACUAGAUUUGGCUGAUGGACGACUGUAUAUUGAUUCGAGCUGUUUUUUAAAUUUAAAAAACCUAAAAAAUUUAGAAAUUAAUUCAGCAUCAGUCUUACUUAAUCCUUACAGUUUUUAUGGGCUUAGAAAUUUAACGUAUCUCAAAAUAAAGCUGGACAAUGAAACAGCACGACAUAUAGAUAAAAUAUUAUAUCAACAAUUGAAUUUAAAUAAACUGGAACUUGUAGAUAAUCAUGAUUCAAAUAUUUGUUAUUCGACAAAAAAAAAUAAGACUAUUAAUCUAUUACAACUUCAUUAUACAGGUGGUUUGUUUAAAACACUGUCUCAUAAUUCAUUUAUAUGUUUUGGAAAUCUUCGGAGUAUAAUCAUCACGGGAAGUGAACUGAUGCUUCUUGAACCUGGUGCAUUUAAUGGUUUAAAAAAAUUGGAAACUGUCUCACUGACAUCGAAUGAUAAACUCACUCAUAUUCCUUCAAAUGUAUUCAAUGUUCAAAGUUUAGAAAUAAUAAAUUUGAGUAACAAUUCAAUAAGUACAAUCGAUAAUGAAGCAUUGAAAAUUGAUAAUAGUAAAUUAUCAUUAGUCAAUUUGAGCCACAAUUCAUUGGAAAUAAUUGAACAAGGAUCAUUUCGAAAUAUUAAAUGUCAUUUUAUUGAUUUAACACAAAGUGGAAUAAUUGGUAUUGUUGAUGGUGCCUUUAAUACCUCACGUAUAAAUAUCAUUGAUCUAAUGAAAAAUAAAAUUCUAAGAUUUAAUUCAUUUAAAUGGGGAAUUAAUUAUACUAUUACGUUGGCUUUACUUGACAUUAUAACAUUUGAUAUUGCAACAAGCUCGAGCUUCAAUGAUAGCCUAAUUUUUAGAGUAACAUAUAAAUUAAAUUCCAUUCAUUUAAAAGAAUCAUCUCAGUGUUAUUUAAGUGAAUAUGGUAUAUAUAAAAUUUGUAAAACUAAAAAUAAGAGCAUUAACUCAGUCACUGAUAUUUCUAGCUUUCUUUCAAUACCAAAACUCGAAAUACAAGACAACGAGGCAUCAUCAAUUGACAAUUAUGCAUUUAAAGAUUUGAAAAUUUUAACUUUGCAGAUGAGCUCUGCCGCAGACAAAUUUACUAUUAGCAAUAAUUCUUUUGUAGGAUUGCCGAGUCUUAAAGUUCUCGAAAUUAAAACAAAGCCAAUUCAAUUAAAAACGCCUGUUUUUUAUAAUUUACAAUCAUUGAUAGCUCUCGAGAUACCAAUGAUUGAACCUCAAGAAUUUCAAUGUCAAUCAUUUUCAAAUCUUCAAAGUUUAGAAGAGCUGGUACUUGUGAAUUAUAAUACAGUUAACAUUUGUUAUGGUCUAUGUUAUACUAUCAAUUUUGGUAUUAAAAGUCUUGGAUACAAAAAUAGUACUUUUACAAAGUUCGGAUCAAUGAAAUUAUCGUGCUUGAAAAAAUUAGAACAUCUUGCUAUAACCAAUGACCAUGUAUUUACAAUUUAUCCAGAAUCAUUUGAGGGCUUAAAAAAUCUAGAAAAUUUGGAAUUAAAUGUUGGAGCAAUUGUGCUGAAAGCUAAUUUAUUUGAUAAAUUACCAUCUUUAAGAUAUCUUAAAAUUGAAGUUGAAGAAACUUUACAAUAUCUCAGUCAAGUAUUGGGGAGUUUAAAAAAUUUAAAAACCUUGGAAAUUGUUGGAAAUGAUACAAUUGGUAUUUGUCAAAAUGCAUUUUCAUAUAAAAUACCACAUUCGUUGAUUGACGUUCGUUAUACAAAUGGUAUGAUUAAAAAUUUACAAGCAAAUUCAAUGGCAUGUAUGCCACAACUUGAAAAACUUAUUAUAACAAAUACACAAUUAAUGACUAUUCAAGCUGAAAAAAUUACAUGGGAUAUUUCCAAAUCAAUCCUCUUGGGUGGACAAUAUUUUUCAUUUCGAGCACAAGAAGGUUCACAUAAAAUUCGUUGUAGAAUAACAAUGUCAAAAAAACAAACAAAUAAAACUAUGGUAAUUCCAAGAAACAGUGCAACUCAACAACUUAGUGUCGACUGGAAAAAACUUUUGUUGAGUGAAAAAUCCGCUGAUGUUACCAUUAGAGUAGGUCAAAAAUCAUUUCGUGCAAUCAAAGGAAUUCUUGGAGCACGCAGUCCUGUUUUUGCUGCAAUGUUUAAUCAUGAAGAAUUUAAAGAAAAUGAAAAAGAUGAAGUUGUCAUUGAAGAUAUCGAUGAAGAUAUUUUUGAAGAAUUUUUACAUUAUAUUUAUACUGGUGAAUCACCAAAUAUUGACAAAAUGCCAAUGGAACUACUUGCUGUUGCUGAAAAAUAUCAGGUUAAUUGUCUUAAAAAUAUUUGUGAAGAUCUAGAAAUAACAGUUGGAUAA